AUGGAAACAUAUGAUGUUAAGCCAAACCAAUGUCAUGUCGGAAUUUUGUUUUGCAGUGAAUGCAACAAUAUGUUAUAUCCAAAGGAGGAUAAACGUACAAAAACUUUGUAUUAUUCUUGUCGUAACUGUGAUUAUUCUCAAGAGGCAGAUAAUCCUUGUGUUUAUAUUAACAAACUUGAACAAGAAGUCGAUGAAUUGUCGUUAAUCGUCCCUGAUGUUGUUCACGAUCCAACAUUGCCUCGAACUGAAGAUCAUAUAUGUCGUCGAUGUGGUAAACAAGAGGCUGUAUUUUUUCAGUCUCAAACACUAAAAGCUGAGGAGAAUAUGCGUUUAUAUUACGUUUGUACAAAUGUUGAAUGUUUACAUAAAUGGACUGAAUGA